AUCCUGCUCGCCCCCAGACUCCUGCACCCAGUCGGAGCGAGGACUCAGCCCGGAGUCCCGAUCCAAGACGACGAGGAGGAUGGCGGAGGCCCCGAGGAUCAGUUCAGCGACCUGCGUGAAUCGCUGCCCGGCGGUUGCAGUCUCCUCUGUAAGCCGUCGGCGCUGGCCCAGUGCCUGCUGCGCGCCCUUCGACGCUCUGAGGCUCUGGAGUCUGGACCGCUACCCUGGCUCUCCGGGCCCCACCUGCAGACCCUGUGCCACUUCGUCCUGCCCGUCACGCCGGGGCCUGAGCUGGCCCGGGAGUACUUGCAGUUGGCAGACGAUGGGCUGGUGGCCCUGGACUGGGUCGUAGGACCUUGCUCCCGGGGUCACCGGGUCACCAGCGCGGGGGGCCUCCCAGCUGUGCUGCUGGUGAUCCCCAACGCCUGGGGGCGCCUCACCCGUAACGUUCUGGGCCUCUGCUUGCUCGCCUUGGAGCGCGGCUACUACCCCGUCAUCUUCCACCGUCGUGGCCACCACGGCUGCCCGCUGGUCAGCCCUCGGCUGCAACCUUUUGGGGACCCGUCAGACCUUAAGGAGGCGGUCACCUACAUUCGCUUCCGACACCCUGCGGCCCCACUCUUCGCAGUGAGUGAGGGCUCGGGCUCUGCGCUGCUACUGUCCUACCUGGGCGAAUGUGGGUCCUCCAGUUACAUGACUGGUGCCGCCUGCAUCUCGCCAGUGCUGCGCUGCCGCGAGUGGUUUGAGGCCGGCCUGCCUUGGCCUUAUGAGCGCGGCUUUCUGCUGUACCAGAAGAUCGCCCUCAGCAGGUAUGCCACAGCCCUGGAGGACACAGUGGAUACCAGCAAGCUGUUCAAGAGCCGCUCCCUGCGAGAGUUUGAGGAGACCCUCUUUUGCCACACCAAGAGUUUCCCCAUCAGCUGGGACACCUACUGGGAUCGCAAUGACCCCCUCCGGGAUGUGGACGAGGCAGCUGUGCCUGUGCUGUGCAUCUGCAGCGCUGAUGACCCCGUGAGUGGGCCCCCAGACCACACUCUGCCUACUGAACUCUUCCACAGCAACCCGUACUUCUUCCUGUUGCUCAGUCGCCAUGGAGGCCACUGUGGCUUCCUGCGCCAGGAGCCCUUGCCAGCCUGGAGCCAUGAGGUCAUCUUAGAAUCCUUCCGAGCCUUAGCUGAGUUCUUCCGAAUGGAAGAAAGGAUGAAAGGGAUGAGCAGGCACCGGACCUCAUUCCUGGGAGGCCGCCGCCGUUGGGGAGCCCUGCAGAAGCAGGAGUUCUCCCCCUCAUCCAAUCUGGAGAUCUUUAGCUGGAAGCGAUCAUAUACAAGGUGAGACCUGGCAGGAGAAGCCCUUGGUCUUUCAGGGAUAUGGAGUCUGCAAAAGAUAAUGGGGACUGGAUGGGGCAGCUCCAGUGCUUUGCUUCUGAUUUUGCUCCUUCUCUUAAACUGGUCUGUGGAAAGAGAUGGAGCUACCUGCAAACCCACCCACCCCACCUGAGUGGAACUCCCAUCCAGGCUUUGUCAAACACAUUCCUGCUUGUCCUGGUUAUCCCUGGUCACUGUUUCCUGCCAACAGCUUCAUAAGCCAAAGAAUAGCCCCUUUAAGUGCAUGGACUCAGGAGAAAGAUGCUUUCUUCCUAGCCACAACUAGAGGGACACUAAGUUUAUGCAUGUCAUUUGGUUGUUCUGAUCCACAUAAAAAAUGCAGCGACUGAUUCUUGAGCUGGAGCUACUUGAUAUAGAAAGGACAGGAUGUUUAUGUCUCGGUCCCACUUCCCUCAUAUGCUCUGUGGUUGUGGCUAUGCUCUGACUUAAGACAUCAGCAGCUGUGGACCCAGGUUCCUGGAGUUGCCUGAGUCUGAAAAAGCAGCAGAGCAGGAAGGGCUGGCAAGGGUGAGAAAUCCUGGCCUUGUGCAUGAAGACCCAUUUUCUUAAGAGCUCUGCCAAUCUCAGCUGAGAACGGGGCUGAUCUGGAACUCCAGCCUAGGCCCUCAAGCUUCACUGGAAGGACCCAGAGGGAUUUUAGGAACAGGAAUUGCUCUCACCUACAGUCUAAGCUGUGUUAGACACUGGCUCAAGUAGUCAGGUUCUCAGGUAGAGAUGUUCCCUCUUGUUCCAUUUCAAGGGAUUCCUCAAGCCCAGCCAGAGCUAUUUUUCUUCAGAAAUAUGGGUUUUCUCUAAGUCAUUAAAAAGUGCAAAUCUCCUCAUAAUGAAGGGUUUCUUGUUAGUUACUUCCUUCUUGUGAUGACCCUAGCCUCUCCCUUUCUAGAGCCAGGACAGACAUCCGGGACCAGAGAAAACAGCACCAAGAGGCUGACUCUCGCUUACUCAGUGAUAAAUGAAUGUUUCAUAUAACUAAUGCAUCGUCUGCUCAGUUAUUAAAAGGCCAUUCAUGUAAAGGUAGAAAAUCUUACUAGAUCUGACCACUCAGGGACUAAGUGAGUAUUUGGUUCUAUGACAAUAAUGCUGAAGACAAGAGUAAAAUAAGGUGUAGAGUACAGAUUUGUCUACAUAUUCUGGUUUGGAUUGGGACAGUAAAUAAUUAUUUUUUUUUGCAAUGAGAGAUCUCGUUUCAUGUUCAUUGCCCUAAAAUUUUAUUAUUUAUUUUGGUGCUGGGAUUGAACCCAGGGUCUUGUCCUUAUCAGCAUUCUACCAUGAAGCUGUAUUCUCAGCCCAUUUUAAUUCAUUAGUGAGAAAGAGGGCACCUGUUUUGACUUCACAAACAGCAAAGCAAUUUCCUUUCUUUCUUUUCCUUCCUUCUCUUCCUUCCUUCCUCUCCCCCCCCCUCUGUCUCUUUCUUUUCUUUCAUACCACAGAUUGAACUCAGGACUUAGUGCUUGCAAGACAGGCAGCAGCCCCAGCAAAGCACUUUUAAAGAGAUGUUUAUACCAAAAGGCAAACCUUGAGUCUUAGGUUGAGGUAUUCCUGGUGCCAUGAGUUCAUAUUUGGAUGAUCGUGCCAGUCUCAUUCUUUUAGAUUAAAAAAAAAUCUGAACUAACUCCAAUAAUCUAAACUGAAAUACAAUCGCUUCUCGGCUUUUUGGCUAAGAUCAAGUGUAAACUGAAAUACAGACAACAUUCGCUUGUCUGAGGCACAUUAUCCUGUUGUGAAAAAAAUUAUCUUUCUUGCUUCUCUUCCUUCACAUUUCUCUUCUGCUGUUCUUUUACCAUUUCUGGGCAAAAGAAAUAAAAGGAACUGAACUCUAAAGAAGCUGUUCUAUAGCUGGUAAACUACAGCCUCUGUAUAAGUCUUGGUAAGGAACAAUUACUGACAUCUGGCCACCCCGCCCAUGUCCACCCCUGUCUUGUUCAGUGGGAAUUUCAGUUAAUUAAUGUCCUGCAGUCCCAUAUGCCCUUGGAUCAUUUGGAACUGCAAAAUGGGAAGCAAUCAGUGCUUUUUGUGUUUAGUGGUACUGGAAAUUGAAACUAGGGCCUUCACACUGAACUAUAUAUCCCCAGCCCUCUUUUUAAUUUUGAGACAAAGCCUCUCUAAGUCACUAAAUUACCCAGGCUGAGCUCAGCCCAGAAAUUUUUAAACCCUAAGGCUUAAUGCAUUCCUAAUGGCAAAAGUCAUGGUAGUUUCUCUAGACCAGAUACCACAGGGCCCUGGUUUCUUAAAAGAAUAACUUCUACAGAAAUGAUAGUUGGUUUUAUUUUCCCUUUUUAUAGGAAAGAAAGUUUGCCAGGAAGAGCAAUAUAUGUAUUUUGGAGUUACAGGGCUUUUUUCUUUUGCUAUGCUGGGGAUGGAAUCCAGAGCCUUGCAUACAUGCUAGUAAAGAGCUCUCCCACUGAGCUACACUCUCAGCCCUGCAGUUGCAGUAGUCUUAAAAGUUCUUAGAGGAAUGACAGAACAGGUUUAGUUCAGGUCAUUAAUUCCCUUAGGCCCUGAGCUCCAACACCUACAUCCUAAAACAUUUCUCUUCCAUGCCCUUUGUGCCACAUGUGCUUUUCAAAGUUUGGUGACUGUCCUUUAGCUAAAUUGGCUCCAUUUUGGUAAACAGCUAAUCAUGAAAGAAGUUGGAAGAGAGCCAGGCACACUAUUCUGAGAAGGGAUGGUCCCUUGAAUAAAAUCACAAGUUCUGAGUUUAAGGAAGCAAGUUGGAGUUUUCACAAGGUGGGACGUUAGCAAUGUUCUGAGGCCACAUCACUUUCUUGCCUUCCUUUUGUUCUCUUCAUUAUUUAUAAACACCUUCAAAUGGUAAAAGGGGGAAAACCCCAUCCAUGAUUUAAGGGAGGCAUUAUCUCAGAUCUAGAGUCCUCUUUCUACAUUGCAUCAGAAUACAGGAAGCAAACAACUGCCUCUCAGUGUUUCUUUGAACUCUACUAUGUUCUCACCUUUGGUAUCAAGAAUGUGGUAAGCUGUAAUUUAAUUUCCAUAAAGACCGAGUGCUUUAUAUAUUUAUAUUUGUUUUUGGUUUUGGUACCAGGGAUCAAACUCAGGUCCUUGUGCUUGCGAGGCAGGCAGCAGAACCACUGAGCUAAAUUCCCAGCUCUUUAUAUAUUUAUAAAUAGGUUCCAAGAAAAACCAAAGCCCCAGAUUCUCUGAGAAGACAUCUUACUUUGAAUGAAGACAUUGUUUCUAAGACUUGGACAUUGUUAGGAAAAAAGUCUUGACACAGGAAGUGCCAUCUUGGCUUUAUAUAUAAAACCUCAAAACCACACCAACAUCGAAAACUCCUCUGUAUUCAUCUUUCACCCAAACCACUAUAUCCUUUGUCAGACAUCUUAGCAAUGCCAAUGUAUCCUCCUUUAGAAAUGAACUUAAGCAUGAGUUCCUCUCUAUUGAAAUAAGCAGAUGCACCUGUCCACAUUGAUAGACCUUUGUAACAAUGCCAGCAAGCAGUAUUGUGAUUCUACAGUUAAGUCAAAAAGGGUGAAAUCAGAAAUUAUGAGAAGCUAUCAUAAUAUGCAAAGGUUGCUUUUAGAAAGGCUUCAGAAGUUAUAUACCUAGGGUGCUUGACAGCCCAUAAGUAGGAUAAAUGCUUCAGAGAACAAGUCACACAUCAUCAGUGGAAUAUUCAAACUAGGCUGCCCCUUGGCUCCUAUUCUGGAGUACUAGGAGAUGAAAGUGGCCUCUUCCCAUAUGAGAAUCUGUUAGAAUAAUGCUAAUAAGCUCAGCAGAUUGUAAAGAUUCUGAUUUAUUUUUAGAUUUGAUGAUCAAGUGACCAUAGACUUGACCAGGAUACUGGGAGCUGGGAGAUGACAAAGAUUUUAAUGAAAAUAAUUCUGCAAAUGUGACCAGAUAUGAUAACUAAAGAUAUCCAGUAAUUACACUCUAGUUACAAGUGCCCAGGAAGAACUAAACAUUUGAAAGUAAAACUUCAAUGAAUGACGUGAAUAAAAAAUGUUUCUCAUCCCUCCAGCCUUUCCCUGAAAUAGAGUAUCUCACUAAUGUGGUUAAACAAGUAUUUCUCUAAUUUGUCUCUGUAAAUACCGCAAAACUUGUAGUCUCCCUGCAACACCAGAAUGUAUAAAUAUCUAGAAACAAAUAUGUGCUGUUUGUCUUCUGAAAUCCUGUGUAUUAAGCCGUGCUUACCCAUUGUGGGGUUUAUCAGAGCCUCCCUGCACUUUCCACUCACUGCUCGUUGCCUCACUUGCGUAUAUUUAGCAUUGUCUAAUCAACAACCAGGCCUCCUGCUCUCAGCUAGUAAUUUCUCAACAAGGUCAAAAUUCCCUGGUCUUCAUUUAGUAUAUACAUAAAAUCUUUUGGCGGGCAACUGGUGUUUGUAGUGUAGGGGAGAGCACCGCUGUAGUAACUUGGAGAUGUGGGUUUUAUUAUUAUCAUUUAUUUGGUGCUGGGAAUCGAACUCAGGGCUUCAUGCUUGGCAGGUGCAGUGCCACUGAGCUAAAUCCCUGGCCCUGAUGUAGGUUCACUUUUCUACUUCAAAUGUGAUUUCAACAAGCUUGGGGGUUAUUCCUUGUUCCAUAUGAAAAGAUUUAUAGUGUGUAUAGCCCUUCAUGCACAAGGAUAUAAUGACAUAAUAAAAGCACGCA